AUGACUGAUAUGUCUGGUUCUGACAAGGGAGAUGGUAGCGUCCCGCCGGUAGGAGAUGACGUGCGGUCAUCCUCCCCCGGCGUCAAACGGACCGCCCCCGAUGUCGACCAUGAUGUGGAGAUGGAUCUAGACACUACAGAGAAGCGCUCUGCCUCCCGCCCCCAACCUUCGACGGUCAUGGAUACGACUGGGGCGGAGGACAACGGAAAAAAUGGCAAUGCUAGCUCGGACAGCGUCUAUCCAACCCUUUCCAGCAUGUCGACCUAUACCGCCCCCACCGCGACUCGAAACGAUUCCCAGUCUCAGGCCGCUCGCGCGCCCCAUGAUCUUCCUCCCAUCGACGACCAGGUCGCUCAAGUCACCUGCACCAUGGCACAACCGCUGAAGGAGAAACAAAAGGGAUAUCUACUGUCCAUGUCUUGGCUGAGCCGGGUGCUCGCUCGGAGCUCGACUCAUGCGGACAAGGUGGACAAGUCAGCAGCUGAAGGAGAGAUUGGUCCUGUCGAUAACACCGAUCUGGUUCUGGUGACCGAUCCCGCGAGUACCGGCUUCAAGGACGAGGCAGGGGAGCCCUUUGUUCCCUUGCGUCCCGGGUUGCAGAUUGGGGAGGACUUCGAGAUCGUGCCCCAGGAAGGUUGGGACCUGAUCAUGCAGUGGUACGGCUUGGCGGCCCAGUCACCCGCCAUCGUCCGCUACGCUCAUAAUACCGUCGAUGAGGGCGAUGCACAAAAUAUCCAAUAUGAGCUCAACCCCCCAAUUUUCACCAUCCUGAAGCUGCCAAGCCCAUCUGCGGGAACCACACCGCAGACACUGAGGGAGAAGAACAUGCCCCCGGCAAAAGUGCUGUCCAGCAGACACACCAAUUUCCAGAAAUGGCUGAAGCAAGUGAAAGGGCUGGCCAAUAUCGAUAUGUCGACAAAGGUCCGUGUCUGGAGAAUUCUCGGUGGCCUGGGAAGCGCCACUGCAUCGGCUGCCAUUACCCCCGCUGCGUCACGAAGUGCCUCCCCAGCUCCGACAGUGUCCCUAGUCGCCAAUGCUGGAAACAACCUUGUCCUCGAUCUCAACACAUUCCUCUCUUUGUCGGACGGUGCCCAACGGGAAUUGCUCGAGAUCGCCAAGGAUCAGACGAACAAUCCCAACUUCAAUGGCCGAUCCACCUUGGAUCGAGUGGGUCUGUCCAGCAGCGAUGUUGUCGUCCUUGAGGAGCGCGUUGGCUCGGAGUGGGCGUCAGAGCUGUCCAAGCAAACUCUCAACCGCUUGGGUGUCCCGGCUGGCAACAUCAAAACUGCCGUUCCAGCAAAGCUUAAGAAUAAGAGCCCUCCCACUAGUGGUCGAUCGUCCCCAAUUCCAGAGCCUGCCCGAGGCCGGCGAAAGGACGGGAAGCCUAGAGGGUGCACUGGAUUGAGCAACCUCGGAAACACCUGCUACAUGAACUCCGCUUUGCAAUGUGUGCGUAGCGUAGAAGAACUAACCUACUACUUCUUGAAUGAUGUGUACAAGAAAGAUCUCAAUCCUAGCAAUCCUCUCGCCCAUAAUGGGGAUGUAGCUAAGGCGUAUGCAAACCUUCUUCGGAUGAUCUACGACGAAGCAGGUCAAUCGUCAUUUGCUCCCCGUCAGCUGAAACACACUAUUGGCCGUUAUGGUCCCGCGUUCUCGGGCUACGGGCAACAAGAUUCUCAGGAAUUUUUGCUCUUCCUUCUGGACGGUUUGCAAGAAGAUCUGAACAGAAUUCAGAAGAAGCCGUAUAUCGAGAAACCCGAUUCUACUGACGAGAUGGUACAUAACAAGGACGCUCUUCGGGACUUUGCAACCAAGUGCUGGGAAAUCUACAAGGCCCGCAAUGACUCGGUCAUUACUGAUCUCUUUGCUGGCAUGUACAAGUCAACCCUUAUCUGCCCUACCUGUGAAAAAGUCAGCAUAAUCUUCGAUCCGUUUAACAACCUCACACUCCAGCUUCCGAUCGAGAAUCUAUGGAGCAAAGAGAUCUUCUAUUUCCCCCGCCAUCGCAAACCGGUCAUUAUAGAUGUGGAGAUCGACAAGAACUCCAGCAUCAAAGCUCUCAAAGAGCUAGUAGCUAAGAAGAUGGGCUCCGACCCUCAGCGUCUAGUUAUGGCCGAGAUCUACAAGUUCAAAUUCUACAAAAUGUUCGACAACAACACGUCGAUUGCCGAGUAUUCGAUUGGCGAAGGCGAUGAUAUUGCCAUUUUUGAGCUCGAGUCGGUUCCCACAAAUUACAACCCCGAUAAGACCCAGAAGAGCUUCUACAGCUAUGGUCGCUCAGAUUAUGAGCAGAUUCCGAGCUUUGACUCCCCGAAGGCUGAUCGGAUGCUUGUGCCAGUCUUCAACCGGGUGUGCCGGCCAAAGUCCAACAACAGCCGAAAUAUGCAGCGUUCACUCUUUGGGGCGCCAUCCUAUGUAGUCAUCAACCGGGAAGAUGCCCAAGACUACGACGCCAUUUUGCGCAAAAUCCUUGAAGAAGUCGCUACGAUGACCACUCGAGAUAUCCUCCAUGAGCAAACGAUACUUGGGGUGGAUGAGCAAGAGGCAAGUCAGGAGGAUUCGGAUACUGUAAUCAUGAAUGAUGAGGACGCGGAGUCUGCAGACUCGAAAAUCAAGACAUCGUCUGUUGAUGGGGAGGAUGGCAUGGUGGAUGUUUCUAUGCGUGACGCUUCGGAUGAGAUGGACACAACUUCAUCCCAGGAUACGAAACGUGACGGGAAUUCCAUUAAUCCCGAUCUCCGGAGCCUUUUCGAUGUGAAGAUUAUGAAAUCAAGCACGGAGGUUGUUCCUCUCGGAUGGUCUUCUGUCGAUGAGGUCAAAGACUUUCCGUUGAUGUCGUCCAGGAUCAAGGCGCGACCUGCUGCUAAGCAGAAAAAGGUAAAUACAGUCGAUGAUACGGGUGGAAUGAAGCUAAUGCAAGUACAGAAAUCGCGACCGACAUCUGUCAUCAGCGAUGUGGUCGAGCGCAAGACCAGUGACGACUCGGAUCAGGAGGGAAGCGCCGGUAGUGCUUCCGACAGCGGUUCUGACAUUUUUGCCAAUAUCAAUCGCCCGAAGACACCUAAGCCUCAGUCCAAUGAGCGCCCGCUCAUCCGCCCUGGCGAAGGUAUUGUGUUGGACUGGAAUGAGCGAGCACAUGAUGCUCUGUUUGGUUGGGACAAGAAGAAACCUGACUCGGGUCUUGGACGUCCCACAUGGACUGACAUCGAACGUAUCCCUGAUCCGGAACUCGCUGAACGGCGUAAACUUCGCCAGACUCGGAAGAAGAGAGGUGUGACUUUGUACGAAUGUCUGGAUGAGUUUAACAAGGAGGAGAUUUUGUCUGAGAACGAUGCCUGGUAUUGCCCACGUUGUAAGGAGCAUCGCCGGGCAAGCAAGAAGUUCGAACUGUGGAAGACUCCUGACAUCCUUGUCAUGCAUCUUAAACGCUUUAGCGCUAGCCGUGGGUUCCGGGACAAGCUGGACGUUCUGGUCGAUUUCCCCGUGGAAGGCCUGGAUAUGAGCGGCCGAGUUGAAGCACCCGAAGAAGGAAAGAGUUUGAUCUAUGAUCUCUUUGCGGUUGACAACCACUACGGUGGGCUAGGGGGCGGUCAUUAUACGGCCUAUGCGAAGAACUUCAUGAGUGGCGAGUGGAACGAGUAUAAUGAUUCGUCCGUCUCGAGACCGAUUGAUCCGCAGAGCGUUGUGACCCCUGCGGCCUACCUCCUAUUCUACCGUCGUCGUUCUGACCGCCCGCUGGGCGGCAAGGUCUUGGAGGAAAUCACCGAGUCAUCGACUCGGCCAGCUAGCGAAAACAACUCACCCGCUGGAUCCCGUGGACAGUCGCCGUCGGGGGACGGGCGGCGUCUCGGCGGCUCCUCCCGCAAUGGGUCGUCGAGCGCCUUAGCCGGAGUCGGAGCAGCUCACCAAGCGGGAGAUGGUGGUUUGCGAACUGGAGUGCGGGCGAGGGUCAAUGAUGAGGACGACGAAGACGAUGCGCCCCCGGACUAUUCCAACAGCCCGGCCUCGGGCGAGAAGAGCCUCGGAAAAUCAAACCGACUGGAAGGUAUGAGCUUUGAUGAAGACGAGUUCGGUGAUGGAGCAUUUGCCAACCCGCUCCCCUACUCGAGCCAGCCCACGUGGUCCUUCGACCGAGUCACGAAUGCUCAUGGCCUUUCACAGAUGACCACAGUACCUCCGGGAUCCAUCUCUGACGAUGAAGAGGAUUUAUUCGACGACGAUGCCAGCAAUAAGGCGGUUGGCGGAGGAGACCUCAGCGAUUCCGACCUACGUCUAGGUGCAUUGACCGGCAGCCCAAUCAGCCGGGGAGUCUUUCCGAGCACGCCCAUGGAUGAGGAACCUCCUUUCCAGGACAUCCCUCCGCCGCUAGACGGCGAUGACGAUGAAGAGUUGCCCGUAGUGGAGUUACGAGUAAACGACGAGGACCGAAUUGUCUCGGACUAA